CACACACACACACUGAACUGUCAACGACUGACACAAUAGGAUUUCACUCAAAAUGCACUUUAUUUAUUGAAUGUUUCAGCGUUUUCUUCUAUUUAAAGACAAAAAAAUGAACGUUUUUCAUGUCAUCGUUGUUGCACACGCUUUCACUGCUGCUGUUUUAAAGGGAGAAAGUGUUUCACAGAGUGGUCAGAGUCUGCGCGGCGAUUUCCUCGAGUUCACCGCGGCUGCUGACAGAGUGCCGGAUGACUCCGUCGUCCAUGUGCGCUAUCGGUGCUCCAGGCCGUGUGGGCUCACAGUGGAGGCUGUGGUGUCCACGUUAAGGAAGAAAGAUGUGGUCAUCUUCAGGAGGACAUGGAUCAGCAGCACACCCGCCGUGGACCGGACCCAGCGGGUGGCGCUCCCGAGGCCUCCUUCCAUUUCAGACACUCACGGCUUGUUCAACGGGACGGUCACAGACGUUGGAUUUGUGACAGUUCGUGCUUGGCUGGACCAUCUGAGAGAGGGCGGUGAAGCCGGGACAUACCAACGGUCCAUGUGGAGGAUUUAUAGAGUUCUGACCAUGAUGGCGACGAAACCUCCCACCGAGUGUCCUUCAUGGUUUACCCAACUGAAGCGGCAGAUAACCAGAGACGGAAUCAGCCAGUGUCCUCACGAGUCAGAUGUUAUCGACAUGCUCGACUUCCCUCUGGCGAGCACGGGUGAAAACUUUGGAGCGAUCCGCAGGUUCAAGCCUUUUAUCGACGAAUCCCUGGAGAGAGUUCGUCGUCAAGCUGUGACUGAGCCCAGCGUCACCAUAUCUGUGUGGAUCUAUGUUGUGGAGCGCUGUCAGGAGGAGAUGUGUGGGAUCAUCCAUCAUGUGGACCGUGCCAACUCAUACGGCUCAGUAAUGAUGCAGCUCACACACUCAGGAGACGUCAUCAUUCAGGCUCGUCUGACCACAGGAGAGGAUGAAGCGUUCCGCGCCCGUGCCGCGCUGCCGCUGUGGAAGUGGAUUCGAUUAGACUGUUCUGUGCAGGACUCAAAGGUGCUGCUCGACACAACAUGGGAGGAAGAAACCAUCAGACACAUUUUCCAAUUCCAGGACAGCAUCUAUUACGACGACACUGACGGAUACUUCGUGGUGGGAGGAGGCAAAUACAUGCCAGGCAUCCACGGGUAUUUUGGGCCCGUCAGAUUUUAUCGCCUCGGAGCCGAGGAGAUAAAUAAUCCACUUCACCCGGAGACAACGUUAAAGGAGCUGGAUAGAACUCACCACGAGUGUCGGGAAAUGAAAGCGUUCACUGAAGCUUUUCUAAAACAAGUCACCAACAGAGGAGACGCGUCCACGUCUCACUUCAGAGCGCUGUGGGGUCAGUUUGAUAAAAACACCUGCACACAAACAUGGAGCUGGGAAACGACACAAAAGUACAACACACUCUUCCAGUUACUGCAGACACAAGAAGAGAAGCUGAGGACAGGGAGCCUCAGGACAACGUUGUUCCAGGAGGCUCUUGAUUCCAUGUUCUCCGCGGAUCAGACGCAGAUGAACGUCACGACGCGAUCGGCGUCUCUGCUUCAGGCCGCCUCCUGCUUCGGAAACCACAGAGCGACGCUCCUGCUCGCGUCCGUCCACCUCGCCGGGUUAGGACGCGGUGUCGAUCACACACAGGGUCACGUCUAUAGUUUGAUUGGCGCGUCGGCUGACGACCGCUUCGCCCUGAUGCAUGCUGGGUACAAACACUCACAAGGACUGGACGGCUUUCCUAAACGUCUGGACAUGGCUUACAGCUACUACUCCAACGCUGGAGCUCAGAGCAGCGUCGACGCCGCCAACAUACACGACACCCAGCAAUACACACCUGAACACAUCUAUCUGAGCAACACAGAGGAUUUGAACACCCUGAUGCGCGAGACCAGCGACACGUUUCACUACCUGACAUUUAAAGCAGAGCGAGGAGAUGCAGACGCUCAGAGACGCCUGGGUGCGAUGCUUUACUGGGGACAAACUGGAAUCUCUAAAGACAUCGAGAGCGCAGUGAAGUGGUUUGCGAGGAGUUCUAUGCAAAUGAAGGAUCCCUCAGCGAUGUACGACUACUCCAUCCUCCUCAUGAAGGGUGAAGGCGUGAAGAGAAACAAAACCCGGGGUUUUCAGCUGCUGAAGAAAGCGGCGGCGAUGGGCUCAGUCACGGCCUUGAACGCGUUGGGUUGGUACCACGGCAUCGAGCUGAAUGACCACGAACAGGCCGUGAAGUACUUUGAGCAGGCGGCGCGGAGCGGCAGCGCAGACGCCAUGUUUAACCUGGGACUUUAUCACCUGAGCGGGACGAACCCGCGCAGCCUGCACAGGGACGAGAAAGCCGCGUUCCGGCAGUUCCUGAACGCGUCGCGCAGCGGUCACGUGGGCGCGGCGGUGGAGGCGGCGUGGUUCCUCUCGUCAGGGUGCCUGGAGGGCGUGUCUCAGGAUGUGGAGCGGGCCGUGAUAAUGCUGAAGAAGGUCUGCGACGUGAACGGACACCUCGGGUUUAUGAUCAGAGAGGCUCUGCAGGCGUUCCUGCACGGCUCCUGGCGCGAGGCCUUCGUCAGGUAUGUGCUGGCAGCUGAAACAGGUCUGGGUUUGGCUCAGAGUAACGCGGCACACCUGUGUGAGGAGCUGAAUCUGCACGGUCACUGUCAGUGGAGAUAUCACAACUACUCUGUGUUCAACUACGACCCUCAUCCGUCUGCUCUGCUGAGAAUGGGCGACUUCUACUUCCACCAGAAACACUUAUUAUGGUCUGUUGCUGGUGCGGCGUGGAUGUACAGCAGAGCCGCUGCGGCAGGAAGUCCUCAGGGAAUCUUCAACCUGGUCACGUUGGCACAACAGGGACACGCUUUACCACCGGGUGUCUACGCCGCGUUUAACACGACAUGUGACGACGACGUCGACGUCGCGGUGGAGAAGAUGCUGAAAAGGUGUGUGGAGGCGGAGUCUGACGACGCUGCCACGCCCUGUUCUUUAGCUCUGCUUCAGCUGCAGGUGAAAACAGCUCUGAGGAGAAUGCACUUCAUCCUGGUGAACGUUUCUCUGCUCUCUGUCUGUGUCCUCGUCGUCUUCAUGCCUUUACAGAGCUGGCUCGAACAAAGAGUCUCUAGUCGUCGAGCAGCUGAACUGAGGGCGAGGACGACGUCGGGCAGAGGGGAGGAGCGAGGCAUCAUGGGAGUUUCCCACAGAGUGGUGGAGAAUCAAAGACUAAACAUGGUGAACGGAGAGCGGUGGCUGCGACAGACCAGUGAUUUUGCCGUGACGCUGUCGGGCGUCUGUGUGUUUGUUUUCUGCACCGCGUUCCUCACUCACUUCCUCUGAACAACCACACAAAAAGUAGAAUAAGGGCAAAGAAAUGUAAAUUAUUAAAGAUAAAUUAUAAUUAGGGCCCGAGCCAUGAAUGGCAGGGGCCGAAACGGCUCUAUAGCGCCCCCCUAAGGUGGAAACAGAGGCAAAAUUGAGUUCCACUGAAUUUCCUGAAACUUGGUGGAAAGAUGUUAUCGACCAAGAUGCACAAAAAGGUCGAAUGUAACCAUGGCCUCAACUCAACAGGAAGUCAGACAAUUGGAAUCUUGGUGUUCAUUUUAGCGAUUUGCACUGUAGAUAAAAAGGUUUUGUGGAUUCAAAAGUGAGGUCAGGGAACUGCUGCACUCCCUGACUUAUGUGGGACUCCAGGGCCCCAUCAUGACUGUGUGCUGUCCUAGUUAUUAUAACAUUUAUAUUUUUCGGGGGUUUGUGGUGUCGACAAAGUCUGUUUGUGAUGUUUUAAGGCCAAUAAAACAUUUCCAAGUGUU